UUCUUUUUCCUCUUUCUUUUCAAAGUAACAAAACAUUUUCUUUAUAUAUUUUCUUUACAAAACUAAGCAUUAAUCAAGAACAAUGAAGAAUAAACAACAAGGAGUGUAUCCAGAGAUGAAGAGCCACCGUCAAUUCUUAUCGGAGCGGCCAUGGUUUCUCGCCGUUCUCAUAGCCGGUUCAUUCGCCGCUGCUCUUUGUAUAGCAGGCAGCAUCAUAGGUUCAGCUUCUACUUCUUCUCAAUCUUUCUUAUGUUCAUUAAGCGGCGCGUACAAGACAACCUCCGCCGAAGACUACGCCGCUACUCCGACACAGCUCCUUGCCAUUCUCCAUUACGCCACGUCACGCAUUGUUCCGCAGCAAUCACUCGCCGAAAUCACUCUUUCUUUCAACGUUCUUCAAGAACUCGCUCCAUGUAAUUUUCUUGUCUUUGGUUUAGGUCAUGACUCACUCAUGUGGACCUCACUUAAUCCACGUGGCAACACGCUAUUUCUCGAGGAAGAUCCUAAGUGGGUCCACACAAUUCUCCAACGCGCGCCUAACCUGCGCGUGAAUGUCGUCAACUAUCCGACGCAGCUUCAAGAGGCGGACGCGCUUCUUGCUUCUUAUAAGAACGAAAAAGACUGCGUAGGGCCUGAUAUACGCCUGAAAGGCAACACGAAAUGCAAGUUAGCGUUGAACAUGUUGUCGGAGGAGGUGCACGGUAAAGAAUGGGAUAUAAUAAUGAUAGACGCGCCGCGUGGGUAUUUUGCUGAGGCGCCGGGAAGGAUGGGGGCUAUAUUUUCAGCUGCCGUGAUGGCGCGUGGUAGGACACGCCCAGGUGUGACUCAUGUUUUCUUGCAUGAUGUGGAUAGAAAGGUGGAGAAGGAUUAUGCAAAUGAGUUUUUGUGCAAGAAGUAUUUGGUAAAAGCGGAAGGUAGGCUUUGGCAUUUUGAAAUACCUUCUCUUGCUAAUACAAAUGAACCUUUUACUAGUUUUUGUUGAUCAUUUAUGUAUAUUGGAUAGAGAAAUUUCAGUUGAUAUAUAAUAUGUAAAAAGCUAUAUAUACAUGAAAAUGUGAUUAAGCAUAUAUUUAAUUUAAUGAAGUUAAAAAUAUUACUUCAUUUAACAAUUA